AUUCCUGCUACCCCCAGAAAUUAGUCUUCUUGUUUCUUCUCCAAAAAUUCAUCCUUCCUCCGACAUCAUCGUCCUCGUCCAGGAAAGUCAACAUGAAGACACCCAAGGACAAGUAUAUAAAAAACCAAAGGAAAUCUAUAAACAUAAGGGCCCAGAUCGGCCUUCAAGGCAUGGUUAUUAAUGCACCUGCAGCUCCCGAAGCUGAUUCAUUCACCCUUGAUCCAAUUUUUAUUGGAAAAGAUGAUGUCUUGUCUGAUAUAGUUGAGUUUUUUUCUGGGAGCGAGGAGCAGAAGGUGUCAGCCCUUGCAAUUGUCGGAACGGCUGGCAUUGGGAAGACAUCCUUAACUAGGAAAUUCCUCAGUCAUGAAACGACGAAGGCUCGAUUUGAAUUACUCAUUUGGGUGUGUGUUUCUCAGUGCUCUGAUUCAAUCGUUCUUUUACAGAAAUUCCUCUCAGCGUUGCCUUCACAUAUGAGUGACGGAUUUGAGGAUCAGGAAGUUCUGUUGCAACAGAUUCAAGGAGCUUUGAUUGGUAAAACUUGUCUUCUUGUUUUUGAUGAUGUUUGUAAUCAUAUUAUCUUGAAAGACUUUAUCAUUUCCAUAAUGGGAGUUACUUCUGUUAAGGGAAAUGGCAUUAUCAUUACUACUAGAAAUGAAGAGGUUGCUUUGAAAUUGAAGCCGCUUUAUAUACAUUCACUAAGUAACUUAUCUGAUGAAGACUGUUGGUCUAUAAUCAAAACCAAAACUUUUGGAGACGGAAAUGUUCCAUCAAGUUUAGAAUUCAUUGGAAGAAGGAUAGCAAAAAGAUGUCAUGGGUUGCCCUUAGCUGCCAAUGUAGUUGGGGGAUUGCUUUGGAGUAAGUCCGAAAGAGAGUGGCGCCUCAUCAAUAAAAAUUGGCUUUCUGAUGGUGAAAGUUGUGAAGAUGUCUCAAAAAUAUUGAAAUUGAGCUUUGAUCAUUUGUCUUCUCCAUCACUCAAGAAGUGCUUCCUAUAUAGUUCGAUUUUCCCUAAAGGUGAGAAAAUGGAGAAGCGAGAACUGAUUGAGCUGUGGAUGGCAGAAGGGUUUCUUCAACCCGAUCAAAGAAAUGACAUGGAGUCUGUGGGAAACAAGUUUUUUAAUGUACUUCUACGCAACUCCUUUUUGCAGGUUGAAGAGAGGGAUGAUUAUGGAAAUGUGAAAAGUUGUGUGAUGCAAAAUCUUGUGCAUGAUCUUGCACAUUCUCUUUUGGGUUCACCUGAUUAUGUAGAUUUCAUAGGCCAAGUUCGACACAUGAUCUACAGUUUCGGAGACAAACCAAAUCCUAUCCCGAAACAAGUGGCAAAACAUGUGUGUACACUAAUCUUUGAAUGUGAAAUUUCUGAUACCAACUUCGCAGAUUUUGAAUGUCUUCAUGUUCUUAGUCUUAAGAGUGAUGGAGUUAAAGAGUUACCCGAAUCAAUUAGGGAGUUGAUACAUUUGAGAAAGCUUAAUAUUUCACAUACAUCAAUUGUUAAAUUGCCGGAUUGGAUUGGUGAACUCCAUCACUUGCAAACAUUAAGUGCAAAGAGUGGAUGCUCGAGGAAACUGCCAAGUACAUUGAAGUACUUGAUUAACUUACGAAAUCUUUAUAUCCAGCCUCAUGUAGAGUUGCCUGCUGAGAUUGGGAGAUUAACUUGUCUUCGAACACUAACACACUUCACAGUGGGCGACAACAAGGGCUAUCGGAUUGAAGAGCUCGGAAGUUUGAAGAAUCUCAAUGGAGAACUAGAGAUUCUUAAUCUGGAGAAGGUGCUUGACAAGGAAGAGGCAGAAAAAGCACAUAUUUUUGAGAAGCCAGGCUUAAUUGAUUUAAGGUUUGUAUGGACUGAAUCUGGAGAAGGUGAAAGAAAUGAUGAGAGUGUUUUGGAAGGCCUUCAACCUCACCCAAACCUCAAGAAGUUGGAGAUUAGAGGAUUCAAAGGAAAAAGAUUUCCAUCUUGGACUUUAAAGAUGGCAAUACGAGAUAAACCUCAAGGUUCUUGGGUACCACUUAACAGCUUGAUACAGAUAACACUCUCAUGUUGCCAAGAAUGCAAGAUAAUCCCGACGAUGGAACACUUGCCAAAUCUCAAAUAUAUUUAUUUGAAAGGAUUAAAGAAGGUGAGGUCCAUAGAUUCUUCAUUCUAUGAUUUAAUGUCACUCCAUAUAGAAGAAUUAGAGAGAUUGGAAAACCUCCCAUAUGGGUUAUUCUAUGAAAAUCAGAAUCUCUCGAAGUUAUGGAUUAAUGGAUGUCCCAAGUUGAGAGAAUUACCAGAUGGGUUGCACACCCUAAAUUAUCUAGAGGACUUGUUUAUUUGGAGUUGUCCAAAUCUGAGGUGGAUAGGGAGUCUACGAGGCAGAGGGCAGUCAAUAGGGAUCCUCCGUAGGCUGAGUAUUGGAUUGUGUGGAAAGCUGAUGAUGUUGCCACAUCAAAUGAUAGAGUCAUGGGCCUCGACUCUCCAGUAUCUCUCACUGGUCGAACUAACUAGCCUAAGGAACCUGCCAAUGGUGAUUGCCUGCCUCUCAGAAUCAACUCGUCUCAAAGAACUGAGAAUCGUUGGUACUCCUAAACUUUGGGCUUCUCGUAAUGAUAUGAGUUGGACAUUGGACAGCUUGUGGAAAUUAAGGAUUGAUGUUAGUGAGGAGUGGUCAAGGGAGACUAGUGUUGACAUUAAAGACACUGUGGAUGACAUAUUGCAAGGAUGUUGGAACUCACUUAGUUUGUUAAAAUUAAGAGGGGUGGUAAAUUGGAAUUGGGUGCCAAGUUAUAUUCAGUAUCUAAAUGCUCUUUCCUGGUUAGUUUUAGAGAAUUUAGGGGUUGAAGAAUUGCCCCAUUGGUUUGGGAAACUCUCAUCUCUAGAGGAGCUCAAUCUAAUCAACUGCAAAAAGUUAAGGCGUCUACCCUCCGACAAUGCAUCAAAGCACCUCACUAAAUUACGAUUCUUGCUUAUUAAAGAUUGUAUGGAAUUACGCAUUGAUUCUGAGUGGCACAACAUUCCCCAUCUCAUCAUCCAAGUUUGCGAUUCCACAAAUGGUUCUGUCAUAACCUUCCCGGCAGUUGACCCGCAGAAGGAAAAUGUUGCUGAAAGUCGUGUAGUAAGUCUAGGAAGUGAGCCAAUAUCCGCUUCAGAAAGUAAGCCGCACACAGAGAUUUUUAUUGAAGAGUCCUCCUAUAUGCUGGAUAGGGUGAUUUCAAUGGAUUCCGCGGCUGGCUCAAAUCCUUCAUCGCUUUCAGGACACGAAACCAAGCAGCAAUUUGCGGAAGAGAUUGAAGAAGAGGGCGUGGUCUCAGGGGAUAGCGAAACAGAGAUGUCUAUGAGUGGCUUCUAUUCACCGCAGAGAGUUGAACAAGAGUGCCAUGGAGAAAUUCUGGCAGUGAAUGAGCAACAAGAAACUGAACUUAUUUCAUCAAAUGUGGAAGAACUCACUUCAACAAUUGCGGAAAGAAGUAAGCAUCUUGAAGAAAAUGUUACCGGCCCUAUUUAUUUUCAAGAGAAAGAACUUUAUGUGGUUGUUCUAGAGGAUAAAGAUAUACUUCUAAAAUUUGAUAACCACGUUAUCUUUAUCGGAGCUUAUCCAUCACUAUCACCACAUAACAGUUCCCCACUGAAUGCCGUGCUUAAUUUGGUAGAGCAACACUUGCAUGAGCUACCUCUAAAGCCAGACUACCCUGAUUCAUUGGUACUAUUCCUACAGAGAAACAGACGUUUAACUCUCAUUCAUCCCUUGUUUUUUGACAACAUGCCUGAGUUGCGUUUUCUAGACUUAUCAGAUACCAAAAUAAGGAUAUUACCUAGUUCACUUUUCAAGCUUUCGAAGCUUAAAGUUUUGCUGUUGAGGAACUGCAUUUGUAUUGAAAAACUUCCGCCUGAAAUAGGAGAACUCGAGAAAAUGGAGGUACUUGAUCUUUCUGGCACUGAGCUCUACGACCUCCCCGCUGAAAUCAGUCAGCUUGAUCAUAUGAAGAGAAUGCACCUAUCCUUCUAUGGACCAGAUGAUGAAAGUGAAUACGAGCUUUUGCCAUGUCAAUUGGUUUCUCCCAGUUUUCUAUCAGAGAUGGAAGGAAUACAAUCGUUAAGCAUUAGCGUGCACCCUGAAGAUCACCGAUGGACAGAAGCUGUUGCCUGCAUAAUAAAUGAUAUCAGCAAGCUGGAGAUGUUGAGUUCCCUUCAUUUCUACUUUCCAGAAAUAGAAAUGUUUGAAAAUUUCAUUGAAACGAGCCCUUCAUGGAAUAACCAGAGCUUAAGUAAGUUUGAAUUUGCUGUUGGCCAAGAUGUAAAGCGAAUUGUAUCUCGGGUCCCAGAUGAAGUGGAAUCGCUGUUCAGUCAACAUGAGAGAUGCUUGAGGUAUGUUAAUGCCGAUAAGACAUCAUCAUUAAUUAAAAGUGUUAUCACCCGUGCCACAGCAUUCUACUUGGAUCACCACACUGGUAUCCGUAGCUUGUCUGAAUUCGACAUUUCUAGUUUUCGGUCCAUGAAAUUCUGUAUCAUACGAGAGUGUCCAAAAAUGCAGGUGAUUUUGGAUGAGAAAAAUGCUAGAGGUGCAUUUCCAUGUCUAGAGUAUUUGGGAAUCUACUUUAUAUGGGAGUUGAGGCAAAUUUGGGAGCCAUUGUCACAAGCAAGUAGAUUGAAGAGAAUCUUCAAGGCACCUAUACCUGUGAGAAACUUUGAAGCUCUUAAAUAUUUUAUGAUCAAGACAUGUCCAAAGCUACGAUUCAUAUUUUGGGAAUCAAUGCUUCUAUGUCUUGCCAACCUGGAGGAGCUUGUUGUUGAGGAUUGUGAAGGCAUGGUGAAAAUAAUCGAAGGGGAAAGCAAGAAUUUGAAGUACCAAGACAAUGUCCUUCCGAGGUUAAGAAAACUCAUACUUGCCUACCUACCGGAGCUGGUUAGCUUUGGCUGUAGUAUUCGUAUGUCAGAAGAAAAAAUCAGUGUUUAUGGCUGUCCCAAGUUGAAACAACCUUAAUGGCACCAAUUUUGAAGAAGUGCAAGCUGGACUUUCAAGGAGUUGGAUGAUCAUCUGUUUGAUUAAAAAUCUAAAAAUGCUAGAAAAAAAUGUAAAACUUGAUUUUCUCUAGUAGUAUCAAGAUAUGCCCAAAGCUAUGAUUCAUACUUUGGGAAUCAAUGCAUCCGUGUCUUGCUGACCUGGAGGAAGUUGUUGAGGAUUGUGAAGGCAUGGAGAAAAUAAUUGAUGAGGACAGCAGGAAAGUAAGAAGACUAUGUCCUUCCCGGGUUAAGGAAAUUCGUACUUUGCUACCUGCCGGAGCUAAGCUGGAUUUCCAAGGAAGUGAACAGUCAUCUCUUUGGUUAUUGCGUGGAGAAAAUAAUCGAAGAGGAAAGCAAGGAUGUGGAGAACCAAGACAUUUUCCUUCCGAGGUUAAAAAAAUCGUACUUGGCUACCUACCGGAGCUGGUUAGCUUUGGCUGUGGUGUUCGAAUGUCAGAAGAAAAAAUCAGUGUUUAUGGUUGCCCCAAGUUCAAAUGCGCUUUGAUGGCACUACAAAUUUACCAAUUCGAAGAAAUACAAGCUGGAAUUUCAAGGAGUCGGAUGACCAUCUGUGUGGCCAAUCAAUAAUCUGAAAAGGCUAGAAAAAAAAUACUAUUCGUAUUUGGGAAUCAAUGCAUCCAUAUCUUGCAAACCUGGAAGAAGUUGUUGAGGAUUGUGAAGGCGUGGGGAAAAUAAUUGAUGAGGAAAACAGGAAAGUGAAAUACGAAGACGAUGUCAUUCCCAGGUUAAGGAAGCUCGUACUUUGCUACCUACCGGAGCUAAGCUCGACUUCCAAGAAACUGAACAAUCAUCUUUUAUGUUACAGUAAGUGAAACUGUUAUCUUCUUGUAAUAAGUAAAACUGUUAUCUUCUUGUAAUAAGUAAAACUGUUAUCUUCUUGUAAUAAGUAAAACUGUUAUCUUCUUCUUGAA